AUGGAAAAGAACAUCUGCUAUCGACAACGAAGAAGAAAAGAAGUUGUCUACGACGAUUGCGUACUCGAGGAUUCCUUGUUCCAAGGUGACUGGCACAUCGAGGAGGAUCCAAACGUGGACUACGAGGCGCUGCUCAGAGGAUUACGAGUCUGUGCUGAACGUGCCUCGAAGCCGCGCAUGACAAACUUGGAUCGAAUUUCGGAGACCACCAAGGAAUUGUUGGAAAGAAGAAGGGCUCUGAGGCAUGAUCCGAAUGCAUCGCACAUUGAGCAGUUAGUAGCAAACACUAGCUGCAGAGAAGCGUUGCAGGAGGAUCUUUUGAAGUACAGGCAGAAGAAGAUUCUGGAAGCAGCACAAAGAAGAACUAAAGAAGUGCCGCAUCGUUCCCUUUUCGAGCAGUACCAAUGA